GACUUGUUAUCAAUUACUUUGACAAAUUUCUCCACGCACACACACAAACACAAAGAACUUAAUACUGUAAAUUUUUAGGGCGAGAAAGAAGAAAACAGGGGAAGACAAAAUUGGAUCAAAUUGACAAGAAAAAUUAAUCGAAGGAGAGAGAAAAUGGGGCAGCCAAGCACAGAGCCAUGCAAGAAACAAGCGUGUGACAUUCAAGCUUGUUUAUCGAAGAACAAUUUCAAUCCUCAAAGAUGUGUUGACGUCAUUCUUAAGCUUCAGAAAUGUUGUCAGAUGUGCAAUUACGAUUCUACCCAUUGCGCUUCUCUUUCUGGUCUUCUCAAGCAAUAUUCCAAUAAAUCUGUUUAACAAAGAAAUCCGCCAAGAAGAAGAAUAAAACUUCGUCUUCUCCGGCAGCCUCCCACACCAAAGUUGUUCCUGAUGUUGUUCCUGCUUCGGUUACUGAUCCAUCAGCUUCCAGAACAAUGCAAGAUGGCAGCAGCAGUGACAGCAACCACCAGCACAUCCGGUCCGAGUAUCAUCCUAGUCUUGCUCCGCUUCACCGGAAGUUUAGCUCGCGGAUAUUGCAAAAUAAUUAUUAGUACUGUAAAAUCUAAAUUUGUUGUUCAUUGGGUUUUCUUUUGUUGUUGCGUGUGUGUGGAAUCUUGUUACUGAGAGAUUUUACAGUUGUUUCACUUGUAUGUUAUACUUGGUUCAAAGAAAUUUAUAUAUGGUUUUAUGAUCGUAUUGAA